CUGCCUUCACCUUCUCCUCCCGGCCGCCGCUAGCGCUCAGGGCUACCCCCCGGCCCUCCUACCACCAAUCGGGAUCUGACCCCGGGGACAACGGGAAUGGCCCUCCCGACCACCGCGGCGCCACACCACACCACCACCUGCCCCCAUGACGCCGCCCAACUCCCGGCACCGCCCCGCGAUGCACCACCAUCCAACAACCACCCCCGGCCGCCGGCGCGGAUCCGGGCGCGCCGCCCCAAGGCGCCUCGCACGGCUGCUGGCGUGGAUCCGGGCGCGCCGCCCCCAUCCACCCCGCGCGGAUGCUGGUGCGGAUCUGCCCCUACCUCUCCGCCGUGGCCUACACAACUGCACGGUCCUCCCCCUCGCUCCCUGAUCCCUCACCGCCGCCAAGAUCCAGCUGCUCCGCUAGCCUACAGAGCGCGCCGAGGUCCAUUAACAUGGCUGGCAUUCAGCUCGGGCAAGCAUAAUGGAGGUUAGCUUGAGUCCCCAAUUCGGUAGUGGUUCUGAUCUCCAGCGACCACAACGUGUGUGUUGUACAUUCCGCUUGCACCACGGAUGCAGUUUAUCAUCUAUGCGUGGGAGGUUCUUGCACCAGCAGCUCCCCUUGGCCGUCGGCAGUGUGGCAUGUAGUUCAUCCAUCGACGCUGCAACAUGCGUCAUUUUGUUGCUGUAGUGAUCUUUUCUCUCACAGUAGUUCCCUCUGUUGCCAAGUGUAAAAGAAUUGGAAGAUUAUAAUUGGAAAAGGUUGAAUCUUCUAUACA